AUGGGAGGAUCACGAAGAAAAUACAAGAAUUCUCGACCUAAGGUUCGUGUGGGUCUUCCAAAGAAGAACCCUAAAGUUUUGAAACCCGCUUUCACCAUUCCUCCCAAACUGUUACAAUCCCUUGUAGAAGACCCUAAAUGGGAUGAAAAAGGCAGCGUCACACAAAACUACAAUUCCUUCGGCGUCGUCAAUGACCCUAACUCCCUCACCGAUUCUCUUCGAGCUCCUCCUUCUGUCUCCGAUGACCCCAACAAUUCCGGCAGUGACCUCGAAGAAGACGAUUUGAAAUCGGCACUGGGAAAGAGAAGAAGAGAUGGUAAAAGUGCACUUCCUCAACCUUUGACUUCGAUUCAGCGUCUUUAUAUUAGUCGGCUAGUUGAGAAAUAUGGAGCUGAUUUUCAGAGAAUGAUGAUGGAUAUAAAGCUAAAUCCUAUGCAGCAUUCUGUUGCAACUUUAGAGAAAUUGUGUAUGAGCUAUUACAUUUACAAGAACAAGAAUCCUCUUAUUGUUGGAAGAUGA